UUGACGGUGUUUUCUGAUAGGCCGGCUAAAUGACAAGUCAUGUUAUCUGUGUAUCCAGUAACGUCCCCCGCCUCUCCAGCGUUGUUCGUCAACUACUUCCGGCGGCAGAAGUUAUAGAUGCAACUCCAGACAGAGACGGGAGAUCUGAAAUACCUCUUAACACAGAGGUUCUGUUUGGAGAUACGCCAAGUAUUAUUUCUUACAUAAAAAAUGGACAAAGUAAACUGAAAUGGGCUCAAAGCACUUGGGCCGGUGUUGAAAGUAUUUUGGAAGCAUUUCCUAAGGUACCUGAAGGAGUGAUUAUAACACGCAUGGGAGAAGGAUUUGGCCGUUUAAUGGCGGAAUAUGUAGUGGGACAUAUUUUUGCGAGGGAACUUUCUGCUCUGAACUUAUACAAACAACAACAACAAAAGUUGUGGAAUAAAGGUCCCGUAGAAGACAGGCGUAUGCUCACAUCUCUUACAAUUGGAAUUCUUGGAGUUGGAUCAAUAAGUACAGAAAUUGCUCAGCUUUGUAAAGCUGUGGGUAUGACAGUCUGGGGUCUAAGUCGAUCUACAAAGGAACAUAACUCUGCAUUUGAUCACCUUACAACGCUGGCGGAUCUCAGUGGUUUUUUGGCGGGUUGUGACUAUAUAUGUAACGUUUUACCUGGUACGUCAGAAACUAAGAAUAUGUUGUCAGGGGAUGUGCUGAAAUGCUGUAAACCAAAGCGACCCAUUUUCAUCAAUGUCGGACGUGGAAGUAUUAUUAAUGAAGAAUCCCUUCUUUCUGCUCUUGAAAACAAGUGGAUAGGUGGUGCUAUUUUAGAUGUUUUUUCUAAGGAGCCACUUCCAUCAGAGAGUUCCUUGUGGUCCCAUCCAUGUAUUACAGUAACACCACAUAUAUCUGGUCCUUGUGUGGCGGAAAUUAUUGCGGAGGUGUUUGUCAAAAACUAUGAGAAGUACAUCAAUAAUCAAAGGCUUAAUCAUAUUGUAGACUGGACUAAAGGCUACUGAAAAAUUUUUGUUAAUAAUUUUGAAAUAAACAUUACCAGUAGCUAGUAUGA